AUGAAAUACACCACAGCUGCCCUAUCGCUCCUCGCCCUCUCCUUCCCUUCCCUAUGCACCCCACAGCGCAUCCUCCCCCCAAACUGGUCCUUCACCCUCUCUUCCUUCUUCGGCCCCGGCUGCCCCGACACCGGCAAAACCAACCCUCUAAUCCGCACCACGCGCCCCACCCACGGCACCAACACAGUCGACGGCUCAGAAAUCUACUACUGGUUCAUCGCCUACCCCUGGCUACGCGUCGAUCUCGCCGCCGGACCCCGCCACACCUGGUGCGAAGCCACCGUUGCAUACAAAGAAUACGCAGGUACAACGGGCAGGGUGGAGGCAGACAAGUAUAGACUGAGGCUGCACAAGAAUGGGACAAAGGGGUUGCUGACGUAUAAGUUGGAUGAGGGGGUGCGUGUGUAUUGGGAUUUUGCAUAUUAUGAAGGCGAAGGGGCGGGGAGGAAAGAGGUUGCUGAUACGAUUGAUCUAACGGGCCCCAUGCAAUCCGGACCGCAUGCUCAGGAGCACUAUUCGAAUAUUAGUUAUCCGCCGCAGCUUAUUCCCCAGCAGAAGUGCGGGAGUGGGUUGUUUACUUUUCGCACCGAGUUGUGGGUGAUGGGGGAGAUGGGACAGACGGGGGUUGUGGAGAGCGAGUAUGAGGAUAGUGUGGAGUUGGGGAGGCAGUAUUAUGGGACGCAGCAGGGGUUUAGUUAUGAUUGGGAGAAGUGUGAUUGA